AUGGGCGUGUGGUCGUGGCCGCGCGCAAGCGUGGCUGUGCUGCUUGUGGUGAUGCGGGCGGCUUGUAUCGAGGCUGCACACUCGGGCGAUCCCACCAAUGCCUUUUGCGCCCAGGUGCGAUUGCACGGCGUUGACGCGCCCAUGUACGCUGCAAAGUGCCGAGAGCAUGCGCACUUUGACCGCAAGGCCAUUGCCAAUGCCGCCCAUGCCGACCCCACCGCGCCCUGGCAAUCAGUGGUGCAGAGCCAUGCUCAGCGCACUCGACGAGCCCAACUGCAUGGCGAUGAAGACUGUGAACAAGCAACGGGUUGCACAGUAAGGCGCACGGCCAAUGGAUCUAGCGUCACAGUCGAGUGCUACGACAACACCUAUACCAACCUGGAGGGCCUACAAAGCUGCAACAUCAACGCUUCGGUCGACCUGACCCUCCGUCUCUACCUCGUCGACUGCUCCAACGUGGGCAAGUACUUUGACGGAGCAUUCCUGGCGGCCAACGGCCUCAGCUCCUUGACCCUGGGCGUUCAGACCACCCCAUUGGCUCAGACCAUCCUACCCGCGCUGAAUAGCAGUCUUCUUCAUCACCUGGCCCUUUACAACGCAACAGAUGACCCCGACUUUACGGGCUUGCCGGUCCAAAGCGACCUGACCACUCUAGAGCUUGUGAAUUGCGGCCUGACCCAUGUCCCCACCCUCCUCAACUAUGCUCCCGGCCUGAGCGUGCUAAACAUGAGCAGCAAUUCCAUUUUGCAGCUCCCGCCUAGUCUCAACGACUUGGUCAACCUGACUGUGCUUUUGGCCGCUCACAAUCAGAUAACCGACCUGGACAACCUGAACCUGCCCCACCUGCAGACUCUUGAUCUUGGCUACAACCAGCUCAAUGCGGAUCUCGGUGACACGGUCCACCUACCAGAGCUGCAGGGCCUCGACCUGCGUGGCAAUUUGCUGUCAAGCGUACCGCCGUUUGUGGCCACGCUAACGAGGCUCACCGAGCUCAUCCUGAGUAAUAAUAACAUAUCUACCCUCAGCAGUGACACAUGGCCCGCUCAGGCUGAGCUGACGUUGCUGGCCCUUGAUUACAACCGCAUUCGGUAUUUGGAGCCGGGCACCUUUCAACGACUGACCGUCCUUGAACACCUCGAUAUCUCAAGCAACGCCAUCACAGCGCUGCCCGCCGGUCUUCUGAGCGACCUCUCCAGCCUGACCAUGCUCGAGCUCCAGUCAAACCGGAUAGCCGCCAUCGAUGUGCACGUCUUUCAAGAUCUUACAGCCCUCACCGUCCUCUAUGCUUGGCAGAACCAACUCAGCGACUUGGACCCUGCCCUUCUCGCCCCCUUGUCACAGCUGCGCAUUCUAUUUCUCUCCACCAAUCGCCUGCGCACACUCCACCCAGACACCCUGGCAGCACAGACGCGCCUCGAGCAGCUUGGAUUGGCCGACUGCCAGCUUGAUGCGCUACCGGAGAAUUUGGUUCGAUCGGAUCGCCUGCAGGCGCUCUACAUUCGGGGGUCGGGCGUGACUGCCUUGCCCCACUCCCUCUUGUUCAACACCACCUCCCUUCAAUCGCUCUACGCUGCGGAGAAUCGCUUGGCUUCGCUGCCGGACGGCGCUUUUCGUGGCUACGCGCAACUGCUGGAUUUGGACCUGGGCAACUCUCUGAUUGCAGACCUUGAGGGUCAGACCAUACACCUUGACCUGGCCGCCAGCAUGAGCUUGCAAAACCUUGAUCUGACAGGCAUGCGUCUGAACAGCGUCACUUUCAGUCAGAUCACCGAGCUAGUGAACCUAACCUACUUGGCUAUGGGCGGACGCGCCACGGCCUGUCGUGAGAACGUGGACUGGGACCAUCACUUUGUUAGCACUCGUCUCCUAGACUUUGCCAUUACGGGGACGCUGUGUGAGAGCAUCUCCCUGAACGUUUCGCUCAGUCCCGUGGCUAAACUGCGGCUGCAUAACAACCUGCAGCUACGCCGUUUGAGCCUACUGCUCAACUCGGCGCAGGCCAUUGACCUCCUCGACGUCUCCGCCACACCCUUGCUCGAACGCAUCGACCCUGCCGUGCAGGUGCGCACGCUCAACAUCUCCCUCUCGGGCCUGCCCUAUGACCCGCUACUCUGCAACUGGAUGGGCCAGUAUCGUUUGAUUGCCCGGGGCUUGCGAAACUCUUCCAGCUACACCGUACAUGCCCGACGCUUGCUUCAGGACUGCUUCCGAGGCACCGACUACAUUGAUCUCUCGGAUAAUGCGUUUUUGUCGAAUCUGGAGGUCCUCCGCGAGACCAUCUCACAGCCCUUUAUCACGACAACCAUGUACGCCUCGCCACAUCUGGAUGGGCCCAGCUACCAACCGGUUCAGGUUUUUGUCAAUCCAACCUUCUUGGCCUUGGCAGAUCUGCCCGUAUCCUGUAACAUGUUGGUGGAAAAUCAGGUCAUUUGGAACGAGGUGGACAAUACAUACCCGCUGGCCACCGUCUAUCGCUACGAGUGCGAGUGUGCCUCUGAGCACCGCCAGCUUGGAAGCAACUGCUAUGCCAUCUCGCCCAUCGGGGACACGCAGGCCGGAUUGGCUGCCUCGUUUGUGUUUGGCGUGCUCUUCGUGCUGCAGCUGGCGGUCUUUGCCCGACGCUACGUGCGGUACGUGCGUGAAUACGAUCAGAUUCGCCUUGCGCUCGGCGAGGAGCGUAGCCAGCGCCACUGGGCCAAGAUUAAAGCCUUGAUCGACAAGCGACGCGUGUCGCGCACUGCUUUUACGCCCAAGCUCCGCGUUCGGGACUUUGACGGUUCUUCAUUGCGGGGUGGUUUUGGUGCUGUCGUUUUCAAGACGUUUGAAGAACACGAGGUGGCUGUCAAGGGAGCCGAGGUCCGCUUCCAAGGCAGCUCGGCCAUGGACAACGAACAGCAGCAAGCCUUUGAUACGGAGCUGGACUUUCUGCUCGUGUCGAGUCACGAGAACCUCGUGAACUGCUAUGCAUGGGGCGUGCUGCAGGAUGGGGCUUUUCGCGACAGUGCAGUGCAGCGUUGGUUUUACUACCUGGUGCUGGAAAAGAUGGACGGGGAUCUGACGGCGUGGCUUGAGCAGCACCCCUUUCAAGACGUUUCGGAUACACAGCGAAUCAACAUUGCUCUCCAAGUGGCAACGGGCCUUGAGUAUAUUCAUGGCCAACAGCAUGUGCAUCAAGACAUCAAGCAGGGCAACGUUCUGGUCAAAGAGUUGCCGCCGGGGCGCCUCGUGGCCAAGGUGGCUGACUUUGGGAGCCUGACCCAGCGCUUGCGGGUCGGGGAGGACGGGCAACAGGACGAAGCCAAUUGUCAGGGCACAGCCGAGUACCUGAGCCCAGCGCGCAUGGAAGGCUUUCCGUUUGCGCCUUGCGAGCCGGCAGACGAUGUGUAUGCCUAUGGAGUCGUUCUGUACGGGCUUGUCACGCAUACAGAGACCAGCUUGCUGGAGCUGGCAGAGGGACCGCAGGUUGCCGGGUUUCCCGCCACCAAAAUCAAGCGGACCCUCCCGUAUGUGCGCCAGGGUUACAACUACUUUUCCUACUUGAACACCGCUCGGAUGCAGACACGUUUAUUACGUCAACUUGUCAAACUGGGGCGGCAAUGCUUAAACCUGGACGCGGCGCAACGACCUUCCUUCACAGAAGUAAAGCGUAUUUUGAUGCAACUGACCGGUGUGCUGGACA